UAUCAUUACAUAAUAAUAAGAGAGUAAUAACAGAGUAAUCGGAAUGUCCACCGGGUCUCUGAGUGAUGCCGAUGACACUCAGGAAACGCUCCUCACUCGUCUCGACUCUCCCUCUGAAGACGACUUCAGUAACGAGGAUGGAUUUAAUUCCAAACCCAAACGAUCGACGGGCCGGAACUGUGCCAGGAGCCCAAAAAAUGGCCGACAGUCACAGCGCCAUGCCGCUAACGCUCGUGAGAGAGGGAGGAUGAGGGUUCUAGCUAAAGCGUUCUCACGUCUGAAAACCAGUUUACCGUGGGUCCCCGCCGAUACCAAACUGUCCAAACUGGACACACUGAGACUGGCGUCCAGCUACAUUAACCACCUGAGAGAGCUACUGCACGAGGACACGUACGAAAAAAACGUUGUGCAUCCACACCCGCUAAAUCUGUCGUGGCCGUUUGUGGUUACAGGAAAAGCUGAUGAGAAUAAAGACGUUUCACCGUUCAGACUGUGUGGAGCUUCAGCAUAAACAUUCACCUUCCGUCCAGUUACUUCAUCUUUUAUUACAUUAUGGCUCAUUUUUACAGCCAAAGA